AAAUAGGAUGAGGAAUAGGUAUGGAGCUAAAUCCAAAUGUGGAGCAUGAAUAGAGUUUGUGGGAAGAAAGAAAUCAGAUUUCUCAGCAUUUCAACAUCGAAAAGCUUUCCUCUCCAUUCCCUUGUGACUACAGCUUUUUCUGUCAGGUUCCAGCAGUAAGAAGAGUCUCUAACUGCUUUAUUAGCAGCAAAAGGUUGCUGACAUGAGGCGAUUUCUUUGUCUGCUUUCCCUUUGCUGGGGACUUUCAUAUUGUUUGUCCCCCAAAAAUGAGAAGCUGGAUGCUGAAUGGGAAGCAUGGAAGACCACAUAUGGCAAGAACUAUUCUGAGAAAGAGGAGUCUUUCAGGAGACAAGUGUGGGAGAAGAACCUGAAAUUAAUUAAUGAUCACAACCGUUUGUUUAAAGAAGGAAAGAAGAGCUACUUCAUGGGAAUGAAUCAAUUUGGAGACAUGACUGAUAAAGAAUUUGAGAGUAGACUGAAUCUCCGUAUUGCACCAGUAAGGACAAGGAGAAAUUAUACAUUCAAGAGGAGAAUUUAUUAUCGCCUUCCUAAAUCUGUGGACUGGAGAACACAUGGCUAUGUGACCCCCAUUAGAAACCAGGGAGAAUGCGGUGCCUGCUGGGCAUUUAGUACAAUUGGAUCUCUGGAAGGUCAGCUCUUUCGGAAAACAGGCAGACUUGUGGAACUGAGUAAACAGAUGCUGAUUGACUGUUCUGGAUACUAUACCUGUAUGGGAGGAUCUCUCACUGGGGCUCUCGAUUUCAUCCGACGUUAUGGAGUUGUCUCUGAACGCUGCUACCCUUAUAUGAACGGGCAAAAUUGGUGGUGCUACAGGCGUCAGUGUCCAUUUGUUCGAAUCCGAGACUAUGUGACACUCCCCUCUGGAGAUGAACGAGCUCUGAUGCAAGCUGUGGCAACUGUGGGACCAGUGGCAGUGGCGAUUCAUGCCCCACCAUCCUUCCGCUACUAUCAAGGAGGACCUUACAUUGAACCAAGAUGCAGACUGAGUUACAUGAGUAAUAUGAACCAUGCUUUACUUGUGGUUGGAUAUGGACCUCUAGAAAGAAGCAAAUAUGAAGAAUUUGGAUUGCAAGCAUACAUGCAUAAAGAUAACAAAUUCUGGAUUGCUAAAAAUAGCUGGGGUGAGCAGUGGGGUGAUAGAGGCUACAUCUAUAUUCCAAAGGACAGAUACAACCAGUGUGGUAUUGCUAGCAACGCCAACUAUCCUAUUCUGUAACCAGAUGGAGAGAUUAGUUCCUGUUGUUGGAAUCUGGGACCCAUAGAAGAAAAAAUCCUCUUCCAUAAACAUUCAGCAGAGAUAUAAGAGCCUGAUACCUCUUAUCAGCAGAGAAGAUAGAAAUCAAGAAGGAAAAUAAAAAUAUACCCUCUCUAAGAAAGCCAAUAUGGGAAUUUGUUCCCUUUGACUAUGAAUGUUUUCAUAAAACUUUUCUUUGUUUCAUAUCUGAUAGGAGUGGGAGGCAAAGAAGAUUAUUGGUUAGUUAAGACAAAAGAAAAAUUAAAGAAAAAAGAAUCAUUGGAUCUUUUUUUUUUUAUUCAGUGACUAUGAUAACAGAAAAACAAUUGAUUAUAUAUUUAGAAAUCGAUCCAUUUGUCAGUUACUAAGCACUGGGGGGUAGAAAGGAAAGCAAAAGUCAUUCCCUCUCCUCAAGGAGCUUGAAAUAAAGUAGGGAGACACAUACAAACAAGCUAUACAGGUUAAUUUUAAAAUUAGGGGAGUUAGAAGGAAGGCAUUAGAAUUGAGGGGUUAUAAAGAACACAUCCAGAUGUGUUCUAGCCAGAGCAGAGGACAGCAGAAUUGUCAUCUGGCUAGUGCUUGAGAUGAGAUGUUUCAAAGCAGUUUCAGAUCACAUUUCUUUUUUUGGUAUUAUUAGUCAUAUUGUUGAUUUGUAUAGAGCUGAUAAAUAAUCCAUUAAACUCCCCAGGUAUCUUUUAGACGAAUUAUCCUGCCAUGCUUCUCACAUCUCAGAAUUAUGAAGUUUAUUUACUUCCUGAACAUAUUCAGACUUUAUAUUUAUCUCUAUGAAAUUUUAUCAUGUUAGAUUUGGAUAUA